AUGGCUAAAAAGGGCAAGAAGAAUCAGGACAAUUACUGGGACGAGGACUUCGAGGAAGACCAAUCCCAACAGGGUGAAGAAUUUGGCACGCCGGCUGCUGCUGAUGCUGGUACUGACAUUGGUGCCGGGGCCAGUGCUGCAGAUGCGGGUGCCGAAGCCGUUGAGGCUGACUUCAUGUCCACUUUGAAGAAAUCUAAGAAGAAACAGGACAAGAAGCAAGAGGACGAUGUCAGAAGCUCUGGAGCCCCAGUCUUGAAAUCUAAGAAGGAGAAGGAAAAGGAGAAGAAAGAGGCUGAAAAGCAGAGGAAGAAGGAGGAGGCUGCGAAGAAGAAGCAACAGCAGCAAGCUAAUAAGCAAAAAAAUAAAGAGCUGAAUAAGCAGAUCCAAGAGAAGAUCCAAGCCGAGAAGAAGAGUGCUUCCGAGGAGAAGAGCUCCGCUGGCAAGGCUCCCGCAUCCAGUGGCAAGAAGGUCAAGAAGGUUCCAGCCGGUUUGGCUGCUUUGAAGAAGCAAUUGGAAUUGAAGAAGCAAUUUGAAGAGGAACAAAGACUAUUGGAAGAAGAAGAAGAGAGACUGUUGAAGGAAGAAGAAGAGAGAUUAGCUAAUGAAAGAAAAGAAAGAGAAGGAGCCCAAGCUGCCAAGAAGGAGAAGGAGAGAUUGAAGCGUGAGAAGUUGAAGGCGGAAGGGAAACUACUGACUAAGAAACAAAAAGAAGAGAAGAAAUUGGUCGAAAGAAGAAAAGCUGCGUUGUUGGCUGCCGGCAACAUUAAAGUUGCUGGUUUAUCCAAACUAGAAAACGAGGAUGAUUCUGAAGAAAGUAAGAAGCCAAAGAAGAUCGUCUACGGCAAGAAGAAGAAGAGAUCUACUGCAACUGACAAAUCUGCCGGUGCUGAUGCUGAGCAAAAGGAUGAGGAUGCUCCUAAGACUGCUGGGGCCGUCAAGGAUGGUGAAGAAGAAGUUUUGAUCGACGAUUGGGAAAACCUAGCUUUGGAUGAAGACGAAGGUGAAGAACAAAAUGAAGAACAAGUUGAAGAAGCUGAAGAAGAUGAGGAAGUUGAAGAAUCUUCCAUUAUUCCAGAAGAAGACGUUGUCGAAGCUGAAAUUGCUUCCGCAGCCGUCAAAGGCACUGAAAGUGCUUCAGCAUCUAACCCAAAUAAGAAAGAGUUGCGUUCUCCAAUUUGUGUUAUCAUGGGUCAUGUUGAUACAGGUAAGACUAAGUUAUUAGAUAAAAUUAGACAAACUAACGUCCAAGGUGGUGAAGCUGGUGGUAUUACUCAACAAAUUGGUGCCACUUACUUCCCAAUUGAUGCUAUUAAAACUAAAACUAAAACCAUGGCUGAAUUUGAGAAACAAACUUUCGAUGUUCCAGGUCUAUUAGUUAUCGAUACCCCAGGUCACGAAUCUUUCACCAACUUACGUUCCAGAGGUUCUUCCUUGUGUAAUAUCGCUAUUUUAGUUAUAGAUAUCAUGCAUGGUUUAGAACAACAAACCAUCGAAUCUAUUAAACUGUUAAGAGACAGAAAAGCUCCAUUUAUUGUUGCAUUAAAUAAGAUCGAUAGAUUAUACGACUGGUCCCCAACCCCAAACAAUGCUUUCAGAGCUUCUUUCGACAAACAAACCAGAGCUGUUAAAGAAGAAUUUGAAACUAGAUUGAACAACAUCAAGAUUGAACUAGCCGAACAAGGUUUGAAUUCUGAAUUAUACUAUGACAACAAAAAUAUGUCCAAGUAUGUUUCUAUUGUUCCAACUUCUGCUGUCACCGGUGAAGGUAUUCCAGAUUUAUUAUGGUUAUUAUUAGAAUUAACACAAAAGAGGAUGUCCAAGCAGUUGAUGUACUUAUCUCACGUUGCAGCUACUGUCUUGGAAGUUAAAGUUGUUGAAGGUUUCGGUACAACUAUUGAUGUUAUCUUAUCUAACGGUUACCUAAGAGAAGGUGAUCGUAUUGUGUUAUGUGGUAUGAAUGGUCCGAUUGUUACAAACAUCAGAGCUUUGUUAACUCCACAACCACUGCGUGAAUUACGUCUAAAAUCUGAAUAUGUUCAUCACAAGGAAGUUAAGGCAGCCCUGGGUGUUAAGAUUGCUGCCAAUGAUCUAGAUAAAGCUGUCGCUGGUUCUAGAUUAUUAGUUGUCGGUCCAGAUGAUGAUGAAGAAGAAAUGAUGGACGAAGUUAUGGAUGACUUAACUGGUUUACUAGAUUCCGUCGACACAUCAGGUAAGGGUGUCACUGUUCAAGCUUCCACUUUAGGUUCUUUGGAAGCUUUACUAGAUUUCUUAAAGGAUAUGAAGAUUCCUGUUAUGUCUAUUGGUCUAGGUCCAGUUUUCAAGCGUGAUGUCAUGAAAGCAGGUACCAUGUUAGAAAGAGCUCCAGAAUUUGCUAUCAUGUUAUGUUUCGAUGUUAAAAUUGAUAGAGAAGCUGAAGAUUACGCAGAAAAAGAAGGUAUCAAGCUAUUUAAUGCCGAUAUUAUCUAUCAUUUGUUUGAUGCGUUCACUGCUUAUCAAGAAAAAUUAUUAGAAGAUCGUCGUAAGAAUUUCUUAGACUUCGCUAUUUACCCAUGUGUUAUGCACACUUUACAAAUUAUUAACAAGCGUGGUCCAAUGAUUAUCGGUGUAGAUGUUGUCGAUGGUACUCUAAAACUAGGUACUCCAAUCUGUGCAGUAAGAACUGACCCUGUUACAAAGGAAAAGAUGGUGUUAUUAUUAGGUAAAGUUGUUUCUUUAGAAAUCAACCAUCAAGCUGUUAACGAAGUCACCAGAGCCACCACAGCUGCCGGUGUUGCUGUCCGUUUAGAAGACCCAUCUGGUCAACAACCAAUCUGGGGUCGUCAUGUUGAUGAAUCUGAUACUCUAUACGCCAUGUUAUCUAGAAGAUCUAUCGACACCUUAAAGGACAAGGCCUUCAGAGAUCAAGUCUCAAAGGCUGACUGGAUGUUAAUCAAAAAGUUAAAGCCAGUAUUCGGCAUUGAAUAA